UUGGUAACAUGUUUUCUUGUGCAUUGUGACAGUGGUAACUUAGGUUGUAACUUAUGUAGUUCUAUGUCUAUAAAUAAAGGUGAUCUGGGUGAUCAGUCUAGAUCAAAACAAAGUAAAUAAGUAAGAAAUAUCUUUGAAUAGUUAUACUCAAUGUGAUCAUGCCUGAAAGUCAUUAAACACUUGUGUAAAAUCAUGGUCAGCUUAUCAAGAAGUUUCAAUACCAAUUCGGGGGGAGCAACAUUUUUCAGUGAAUCCGUAAAUAUGGAAGAUAGAGAACAUAUGCAGCCUAUCUUGGAUUCCUAUGGAGUAUUUAAACCUCUCAAAACUAUUCCCCCCUUCAGUGUCCAUUUGUUAUUCACAGUAAUUCUAGAUAUCAUAGCUAUUGUUUAUGCAAUUCAACACCCUGAUCAAAAUGGCAGAUGCAGAGAGUAUUUUCUGAUUAUUUAUUUGCACAUAGGACUUUGGUUCAUCACUCUUAUAGUUGAUCAACUAGCCAAAUGGAUGCACCGUAGCAUUAGACUUAACGGAUAUCUAGAAUUCUACCAGAAGACCAAACUCCACAUCAGUUUACCUUUUUACAUAAUCAGUCUCUGGAGUGUGGUGUUGAUGUUUGUACAGGCCCUAAUGCAGCACUUCUACCCCGACGAUUUUGCAAAGAAAUGCGUUCAGGGAGGAACAUUCACUCCUGUUUCAUAUUUGUGUGCCCUCAUAACUUUGGAGACCUGCCUCAUAGCGGGAAUCAACAUAAAUUACAUGAUGAAAGUUCGAAAUUUCAACAUCCAGAAAGCUCCUCCAGAUGUCCAGAAACAGGAAUGGUUGAACUGUGGAGUACCAGAAACUGUUACUCAAAGUGAGGUUGGGUACAGACAGAUGGGGGAUAAAGUUUACGAUUUACUAGAGAAACAGGCUGACUUGAUCAGGUUUUUGAAGGAACAUAAUGCCAGACUGGGAGAAAAAACAAUGAUAUUGAGUACUCAACUGCAGCAAGCUAGGGCUCAACAUGACCCUAGGUAGAUUUAGUUGAUGAUUCUUGGUCUUUUGACUGGUUGCGUAAUUAUCACACUGUUACCAACCAAGGUUUUGUGAGACUUCCUUCAUUUUGAAAGUGAUUUAGACUAGGACUUAAAGAUCAAUAAGGCUGUAACCAGAGAUUUCAUAAUCGUUGAGCAUUCAGCUGUGAUUACUGUUGAGAAAUGACUAGAUAUAUGGAUAUUGAUGAAGUGAAAUCAUUACUAUCAUUAUUUUGACUGAUAAAUGCAAUCAACUUAUGAAGUUUGUGGUUAUGACUUGCUAUAUAACUUUUUACCAGUUAAGAUGAAAGAUCAAUCUAUUAAUGAAGAUAAGUUGCAGGAGAACUUAUUUCUUUCGAAAGAUUGAACUUUUAAAUAAAGCGAUAUCAUUUAUUAGAACAAUUAAUUUCUUCUCAAGGAUUCAGUUGGUGCUUUACCUUUGAAUCUCUUUAAUAUUAUUUCUCAAAUAGUUUUUUUUAAUAUAGAGAGCAUGAGAGGUAUUUAUUCAAGGGGGUUAUUGACUUUUCAUAUUGUAAAUUGUAAUUAUAAGCUUUGAAACUCCAAAUGGAGUCAUUGACAAUAUAUUUUUCAUGAAGUUUA